AUGUCGGUGGUGUGGCGCUUGCCUCCCGAGGAGGUGAGCCAAGUGCAGCAUCCAAACUGCAUCACAAGUGGCCCCUUCGAGUUUUUGGACAAGUUGGUGCAGGUCGACCUCUUUCGUCCCAAGAGCCACGGAAAUCCUCACGACAUCCGCAUCUUUUCCGAUCAACAGCUAACGCUUCGCUGUAUUGGGCGCUUCUUCGAGCUGGCACGCAUUCGAGGGGAUGGCGGCAAGCCUUCGAUGUCUGAAAGCAUUGGUCAGUUUCAGUGGUCCGGCGGCGGCUUCUUCCAUUUGGCCCCGGGGCUCAUUGAGAUCACCUUGCAUUUUGGAGUUGAGCAGGUGGCCGACCCGCUGGUAAAGCAGGCUUUGCAGAUGCAGAGCACUUCCUACGAUGUGGUUCUACCUUUCAACUCUCUGGCCAAGUUCUUGGAGACCAGGCACAUCAGUUUGCUACAGAAGGCGACGUCGGAGUUGGACAUCGGAAAGAAGCAAAGCGUCAGAGUGAUUGCAAUCGUCGGCUUGUUCGAGAAAGGUAAAACCUGGCUCAUCAACAAGCUCUUUGGGAUUAACUUGCCUUCUGGCACGCUCCACGAAACAGAUGGUUUGAGCUUCCUCUGGAUCCCGGAGCGACGAAUGUUGCUGAUCGACUCGGCCGGAGUGCAAAGUCCAGUCGCCUAUUGUUCCCAGACCGGCGAGGGGAGCGAGCAGUCAGUUGAUGAUGCUCUCUUCGAUGCGAAGUCCACUGAGUCUUUCCUUUUCGACAUGAUCUCUCGCAUGGCAUCGCACAUGGUGUUCGUUGUCAACAGCUUCACGUCUUUGGAGCAGCAGUACGUAGAGAUGCUGCGCAGGAAGUACGUGGCAAGACAGGUGCACAAAGAGCUCAUUGUUGUGCACAACAUGAUCAACGUCAAAGACGCCGAAGUGGCUCACCAGCUCUUUGAGAAGCAAGUCACCACAUGCUACAGCGGAGACCUGUCCACCAUGGGGCAGUUGAUCUUCACAGCAAAGAAAGACAAAGGUCCACCCGUUCACCACAUCGGGCUCUGCUACGAGUCUAGUCCGGCUGGGGACGCUUUCAACGACAAGAACCGGCAGUACCUCUUGCAGAGCCUAGAGCACAGGGAAUCGGAGACGGAGAUGGUUCUUCAAGACCAGCUGCGCGAACACCUCUCCGAGCUUCUGAAGAUGUUCGUCAGCACCGAGAUUCCCGAACAAGCAGCCGCAUCAGAACGUGCUUUUGGCAUCGACUUUCGUCCCGGUUCUGAGUUAACUUCGUCAGCAGAGGAGCAGAUGCCCAAAGGCUACGUGUGCGGCGGGGUCUUUUCUUUGCAGCUUGACAAAGGAGCCGAGCCGAAGAUGAGGACUCGUGGGGUGAUCUCACCGCUGGGCGAACUGAUAGGCUACGAUGCAACGUUUGAGCCCAAUGUCAAUGUGUAUGAAGAGACGACCGAUGCUGGGGUCCAGCGCAAGAUCCUGAUCGAGUGCCCCGGUGUUGCGAUGGAAGACAUCGAGCUGGACGACGAGAGCCUUUCUGCAGGGUUCCAGCUCGCUAUCACCAAGCGCGCCCUAAUCGACGAGCAAGCGGUUCGUAAGGUGGACGGGUGGCCCUUCCGGCAGCAGCAGGGGAGGUGGGAGCGAGCCUUUCUGGUGGAUCUGACAGCUGGGAAGUUCGAGGAUCCCGUCAUGGAGCUGAGGCAGGACGGCAUCCUGGAGAUCACCAUGAAGAAGAAGCAGAAGAAGGGAAUCGCUCGGCUCGGGUAUAAAUCCGAUCGCGUGGGCCCUGCGGCCGCACCCUCGGAAUCCGCAGCAUCGUCCUGGAUUCCGGUCUCUGUGCAGGGACAGCAGCAGGAAAGUCCAGAACAGUUGGGCACUGCGGGCGUCUAG